UAGUGUUUCCUUUGUACAAGUAAUUACAACAUUUCGACAGAAAUUUGAAAUAUAUAAGCACGAGAAUUGGUUGAUGUACUGCACGAGAAAAAUCAUGUAAUUACUCAUCAAUAACAUACAGGAGAGAAUUUUGUGAUACCUUUUCACAAUUAUGCAGAAGCAAAGCGCACAAAUCACGAGCAAAAAUUAUUCAUUUGAAUUCUGCAAAUGUCACUGUGCGUUCGGUCAAAGAAGCCCUGUUUAAUGAAAAAAAUUUAUAUUUUUUUUUUGCUUCGUUUUGUUUUCCUCUUUGUUUUCAGUUUCUAAACCUGUCUGAACAAUUUGUCACCUUAUUCAGCACUGAAUUAACACUUUUUUGUACUGCAUUACCUACAAACUGUAUUGCACUCAGCCAAUCGGAACGAAGAAAUUUCUCAAGUUUGUUAUUGACAUCACUGUAACUUACCAACAUAAUUAUAUAGCAGCUGUGUAUCUAAUGACACCACAGUCGAGAGUCUUUUUGUCGUCAUUUUUCCGACUUAAGAUCGAAAAUGGAGGAGGAAAUUUAGUACCAUUACAUACGGAUUUGGAAAACAGAAGCCGAGGGGUUGUAGCGUUCGAGUCUUGUUUUAUACUGCUGAUUAUUCUGGCAGCUUUCCUCGGUAACCUUGUCUUGAUUUUGGCGAUAUUUAGAAAUCCAGGUCUUCGAACUGUGACAAACAUGUUUUUGGUUUGUUUGUCUGUGGCUGAUAUACUCACAGCAUCAUUGGUUAUGCCAUUCACAGCUUCUAUCUUCAAACACAGUGACUGGAUAUUCAGUGACGCGGUUUGUAUAUCCCAUGGAAUUUUCGCAAUUUGCCCUUUGUGGAUCUCACUUCAUAUGGUGACUCUGAUGGCUGUUAAUCGGUAUUUCUGUGUUAUUAAACCAGGACUUUAUCGGAAAUUGUUCACCAAAAGGUUUACCAUCGCAUUGAUUUGUGCAGUUAUCUUUGCGCCCUUGAUUCUGACCAUUUCACCACUUUUCUGUGGCUUAUUUACUUACAUCUUUCGCCCACGAAAAGCUUCUUGCUUCUUGACCUUUGAUCCGGAUAAAAGAAUUGAAAACAAGGUCUAUAUUCUUUCCUUGCAGUUCGUUUACACAAUCCUGCCCAUGGUUCUUAUCACUGUAUGCUAUUACAAAGUUUUCCGCAUGGUGAAAGAGCAUGUAAUGGCCGCGAGAAACACUAUCCGUUCGCAGCAGUCUAGGAGUUUGAGCUCAGAAGAGCUUCGAAUGACAAAAAUGCUUCUUGUCAUCGUCGUUACGUUCGUAAUCUGCUGGCCUCCUGUUAUAACAGUGGAUUUCAUAAAUGCAGUACUGGGUACAGGCAGCCUUCGACGAGGAGCCUAUGUAGCCUACACCUCAUUUGUAUAUCUCAGUAGUUGGACUGUUGCAAACGGCAUGCAUUGUAACACUAGUAAGUGUAAGGAGCUAGUUAUGAGUAAGAAAGGCAAUUCAACAGUCUACCCAAUGUCUCACAAUAUCAAACAAUAUAAUAACAUUUCUUUAUUGGGCGUCACAUUUCAAGGUAAUUGUAAGUUCAGCAUGCAUGUCAAGGCCAAGCUCCAUGAAGCCAACACGUAUUUAUUUGUCAGCAGAAGCCUACGUCAAGGAGGAUAUACACAAGAUGAAAUAGACCACCUCUUUAAUUCAAUUGUGAUCCCUAAGUUAUUAUACGGUAUUUCAGUUUAUGCUGCAAGUGUUUCCAAACUUACUGUUAUACAAAGGUUUUUAAAAAGAUGCUAUAAGAGGCGCUAUACGUCGGUCAAUUUCAACAUAUAUGAACUUUUGGAGAAAAGCGACAGACACCUUUUUUAUAACCUCAAGCAUGAUGACCAUCCAUUAAAAAGCCUUCUUCCAAGGUACAAAGACUAUAUUGUAAACACUCGAAGGAAAUCCAUUGUCAGGCCCAACAUUAACACUGAACGUUUUAAACAUAGCUUUUUUUAAUAGAUUAAUUUUUAAAUAUAGUCUAGCUGUGUAAACACCCCAUAUGUAUUUCUGAUCAUUUUUAUUCGAUUUAAUCAUUGUAAUUUUUCCCAUCAAUAUAUAUUUUUACUGUAACAUGAGAUAUGCAAUU